AUGUCUCCCGUCAGCAUAUCAAAGGGAGGCGGCGCCUCCAACCCCAACGAAUCCUUCACGCAAAUGACCGACACGGACCUAGAAGCAAUCGGCCGCCACUGCCAAUUCGAAUACUGCGGCCAGCUCGACUUCCUACCCUUCCGCUGCGAAUCCUGCCGCAGUACCUACUGCCUCGACCACCGCAGCGAAACAGCCCACAAAUGCCCCAACGCCGGCGAAUGGGCUCGCCGACGCGCAGGCAUCAACCAAGAAAACCGAGUCGCGCCCGAGAAACCCAACAUCUAUAACUCGGACCAGUGCUACCAUGCCUCCUGCAAGACGCUUAUCAAUACACUCAAGGACCCGGGCGUGCGCUGUCCGAACUGCAAUCGCCAGUACUGUCUCAAGCACCGGCUGCGCGAGGAACACGACUGCGCCAAGCUUACCCCGCUGGGCGCGCGGCAAGGCGCGGCGAAUGAUACGAUCAAGUCGAUGUUUGCGCGCGUGCGCAGCUGGGGCAAGGAGAAGCAGGCGGCCGGCGCGAAUCUUAUUCCGAAGCCCAAGGUCAAGCCGAACAGCCCUGCGGCGCGCGCGGCUAGCGUGAAUGCUAUGAAGCGCGCUGCGAAGGGUGACGCUGGGGUUCCGGCUGAUAAACGGCUGUAUGUGCAUGCAGUUGGUACGGCGGAUACGCAGGCUGCGGAGCCGCCGGCGGGUGAUUUCUAUUUUGACUCGAGGUGGAAGGUUGGUCGGGUGUUGGAUGAUGCGGCGCGGAGGUUGCAUGUUGAGAAUUUGAAUAAUCGCGUUGGAGGGGAGGAGGCCAGGCUGCGGAUCUUCCAUGUGGAGUCUGGGGAUUUCUUGGAGUUUUCGGAUUCUAUUGGGGGAAAGGUCAAGUCGGGGGAUACGAUUGUGUUGUUACGAGGCGCUGGGGUGGUUUUGGAGAACUCAUGA